AAACUGGUAGCUCGUAUCGAUAAGUGCACAGUGCGGAUAAAUCUUGCGCCGAUUUAGCGUGAUCAGAUUCGGUACAUUAAUCGAACGUCAACGAGCUAUAAAAAUUCUAAACUUUACAACGCGCUUAAAGUGCUCAAGAUAUUGUCCCUAAAUGUAAAACUGAAUAAAUAAUGAAAAUGGUUUAGAAAAAAAAAAAAAAACACGACCUUCUACAAAAGCGAUAAGCCUGUAAUAAAGAAGAGAGUGGUUUUAAUUGACGUUGAAUAAAAAUUAUACCUUUUUAAAAAUAUAACAUUAUUAUACGAGCUUAAAGACAGUCUGUAAUAUGAAAUAUAAAAAAUGAUAGACACAGUACAAAAAUUGAGCUUUCGACAUUGGUCGUCGUAACGAGACUCUGACCGAUUCGAUGAUAAAAUCCGAGGGUGGUACAAAAAGCGAAGAAGAAUCCGGAACCGGAUGCGGAGAUAAAAAGGAAGGAGCCACCUGCUUACACGCGUGCCAACAACGAACAGCGCCAAGUUUCAUCCCUUUCCUCAACUCGGCCGACUGACAGUUGAUACGCAUCACUGAUACAGAAAAGCUCUCUCCCUUCCCUAUUUCCUGGCCCUUUCCUCCAUCUCCAUAUCCAUCAUCCGACCGAGUCUCUCUCCUCGCGAGUGGAAGAAACCCGAUAUCGUCAGACGCGGAACGAGUCCCAAGGGUCCGACGACCCAGAUAGAUGCACCAGAGAUGAAACUCGGAGACAAUAUGACGGCUGUUGAAGCUGGCAAUGUAUGGGGGGACGCAUGUCCGCGUAAGACUCGACCACCCAGAAUCGGCGACAUUCCAAGGUACACAGCCGUCGACGAGGAGUCGCCAGGAGCAGCGUCUAGAGGGCUCGGAGCCGCCUCUCCGUCGCAAAGAACCGUUUCAGCGGGCAAAGCUGAGGGUGGUGACAUGUUGGAGCUGCGUUUAUCGACGCACGGCGACGUCUUCUCCUCGAAGUCAUCGCCGGUACAAAAAUCGGCGAAAUGCGCGGACGAGGACUCGGGCUCGGCGCAGGUCCCAGGGGACCGGUCCCGACUGGGUGGCGUCGUUAGGACCCCGGAGGGCGUCGAGAAGCCGGUGGAAACGCGUAUACCGGAAGUGACGAUUAUGCAGGAUGCGAAACGCGCCGCGACGCCGGCCUGCAGAGAACCAGAGCUUUUGAGGAUCUGCUCGACCCCGUCGCAGGAGAUUCGCGAGGUCCGCAAGGACAGCGCCCUCUACCUCGAGGAGGAUGAGGUCGAGGGACUCAGGGACCUCAGGGAGUCGCUGAGGGCCCGUUCGCCGCGAAGCCUGACCCCGAGACGGGAGAGCAGCGGGUACGCGAGCAACCUGGGCACCUUCGACGAGGAGCGGAGGACAUCGGAGGUCGAUUUGACGGGGAUAAGGGAGCGCCGGAGGUCCUCGACGAAGAGGCUGACCUCCGAGACUUUCGUCCCCGUAACGCGUGGCUGGACAAGCAGGAACGAACAGGAACAGAACACGACCAACCCCGAGAAUUCGGAUAACCGUAACAAGGCGUCGAAUCCCGAGAUCCGCGAGGCCGAGGGCGUCGAAAGGCGGGGAAAAACCGCCUCGAAUCAACCGGCCCAGAAACGACCCUCGGAAUCACCGAGCGAGGUUCUUUCCUACGCCGAGGUCCUGCAGGCUAAACCCGGGGGUCCGAUUAACAGGUCCAAGGUCCUGUCGCGGGUCGAGUCCUUCGACGCCGCCGAUCUUCCCGGGCGGACGUCGACCGGCGUUGAUCAGCUCGCCUCCAAGAUCGGUAUCCAGCGAAACAAGAGGAUCGUCCACCAGUACAGCACUCCUAAUUUUCCGAGCAUGGAGCUAGAGAGGAUACUCGAAAGGCCGCCGGACAAGACGCCGGAAAUCAUUGUACCCCCUGCGCCGACGACGGUCGAACGAAACGAUCAGGGAGCGGAUGUCGUUGCGACCGGCAAACUCCUGCCAAGGUCGGUCAAGGUCUACCAGCUCCUGUCCACGCAGUCCGAGGACCGAGGCGACGGUGUUCCGAACCUGGCCGACAGGCGGAUUUCACUGCAGAUCACGCGGCAGGACGAGGAACGACUUCCGGGAGAGGAAGGAACGACGGGAACCGCCCCCCCGGUCAUCGCCGAGGGUCCCGAAAUCCUUGGCGUUCCCGCCGCUCCCGAGGGAAGAUCGCACCUCUCACCCUCUUCGAAUCUCGCAGAUCCUCCGGUUCGCAAGCUUUCAACCCCCGGUGAAAUGGGCGCGUCGCAGCGACUGCUCGGCGACUCUGGGAUCGGGAUUAGACCCAUUUAUCCCUAUUGUCCAUAUUCGCCGUACGGCAGUCCUCAAGGAUCGCCGAGGACCAGGAGGCGACCUCUUAGAGAAAGUCGGCGCGUUUCUAUCGACAAUAGACAGGGUGCUCUUCAGCUUAAUCAGUACAAACUCUUGGACAAUAUCGGACAGGGCUCUUACGGUAUUGUCAAACUCGCCUACAACGAAGAGGACGAAACGCACUACGCGAUGAAGAUCCUAAGUAAGAAAAAACUGAUGAAGAAGGCCGGGAUUUUCGGGAGAAUGGCACCGGGUAGAAAAGGGCUCGCUAAUCCGUUGGCAAAGGUUUACAGGGAGAUUGCCCUUCUCAAAAAACUCGAUCAUCCGAACGUCGUGAAGCUCGUCGAGGUCCUCGAUGACCCGGACGAGGACAACCUCUACCUCGUGUUCGAGCUUGUGCAAAAGGGUGAGGUCCUCCAGCUGCCGACCGAUCAACCAUUGGACGAGGACACAGCGCGGAUUCACUUUCGCGACAUCGUUUUGGGGGUCGAAUAUCUGCAUUACCAACGGAUAGUACACAGGGACAUAAAGCCCAGCAAUCUGCUCGUCGACGGCGAGGGUCACGUUAAGGUCGCGGAUUUAGGUGUCAGCGCGGAAUUAAGGGCUGCUGGUGAACUGCUCUCGGGACCUGCUGGAACGCCGGCGUUUGCCGCACCGGAAACUACCACUCCUGGAGCGCAGUAUUCCGGAACGCUCUGCGACGUUUGGUCGAUGGGAGUGACUCUUUACUCAUUGGUGACCGGAAAAGUGCCUUGGGACGGAUCCGGAAGCAUAAUCGGUGUGCAGGCGGCGGUGCGAUCGGAGCCGUUAAGGUUCCCAGAAAAACCAGAGCUCUCCGCGAAACUGAAGGAGCUGAUAACCAGGAUGCUGGAGAAGGAACCGUCCGCGAGGAUCGCGCUGAGGGACAUCAAGAUACAUCCGUGGGUUACGAACGAGGGGGCGGAAGCUCUGCCGAGCGAAGCUGACAACUGCAGACUUCCGGUUACCGUCACCGACGAGGAGGUCGCCCGAGUCGUUACCAGGGUUCCUAAGCUCGACACCCUCAUUUUAAUCAAGACGAUGCUCAAGCAGCACAGCUUUCAGAAUCCCUUCCUGGCGAAAAGAAGUACAAAAUCUGUGUCCAGCGACACGAUGCCAGGUGAUAUUUCUCAACCACCGAUUGCCGGCCGGACGGGAAGUUCCGGAAUAUCCGAGAAGAGUUCGAACAUCCGGGCGGAGAAAUUUCACGAGGCGGGAAGAAGCAACUCGGCACCGGACACCUUCGAGGGUCACCUUUGCAGCGACAGGCAAGUGUCCGUGGAAAGUCCGUUGCCGCCUGUGACCGAAGCUUUGAUACAAGAGAGCGAUUCUUACAAGCGAUGAUACAAGCUAUCGGAGCAACGGCAGUUUUAAAACGUAGCAAAUCGAUCCUCGUUAAUUACCGUGUUAUAUUUUCGAGGCGACGAUUGCGGUCAAAGGUAAUUUUUUUUUUUAUUUUUUUCAACACGACUCACCCUGAGCACAGAGCGACAUGUCGAAUUCAAAACUUAGGCGGCUCCUCUCAUGCAGUGGGGGUGAAAGAAAAGCGCGAGGUAAAGAAGACAAAAAUAUAAUUUGAAUUUCGUGCCGGGUGUAUGAUAUAGAAGUUAUAAUUCCGAAUAACUUAGGUGCCAAAUAUGAUGGAAAAUAAGAUAUACAUUGCGUGUAAUAAUACAUAAUAAGGUGUGUAAAUUUAAGCCGUUUUAGCACGUAUGCAUAUAUUAACAUACGUAUAUACACACAGCUGUGUUUGACCAAACUUAUAACAAAGCGUUAGACAUCGAUCCUUGCACAGUAAUUUUCUGUGCCGAAUCAGGAUAUUAUAUUACUAUAUGCCCGUUAAAAGCGGCGGUACAAAGGAUCCGUGUCGAAAAAACGAGAGAGAGAUUAGAAGAAGGAGAACAACAACAAAAAAGGAACAUAUUCGACGUUGAGUUACCCGUAAAAAAUUUCGCACCAUGACCGAGCGUGAUUCUCCUAUAUUUCGUACACGUGUAGGUAGAUACAUAUUAUGUAAUAUAUAUAUAUAUAUUUAUAUAUAUAUAUUUAUAUGUGUAUAUAUAUAUAUACGUAUAAAGUAAAAUAACACAAGUGUGUGGGUGGUUUUAGUACGACUAUUACCACGCGACCAGGUCAUCGACUCCCAAAAUCACCGGCAAGACUUUAUUAUAAUAUACAACGCGUAUGAUACGUAGAUAUGUGCAUUAACUAUAAUCACAAUUAUAAUACCUGUACCUUAUUGUUAUAAUAAUACUGAAAACUGAACGAACCAACGAAAUUAUAAUCUUCCAUAAGCACCGCCGAUUUUUUUAAUCUACACAAUUAGGAUAUAAUCAUUAUACAUACAUACGUACACCUGUUGUUAAUAAUAAAUGAGAGUCAAAUUUUAUCUCUGAUCUGUAUAUAAAUUAUAUAUAUAUAUAUAUUGAACUUUAUUAUAUACGUAAAUAACAGAUAAGGAAUAUAAUAAAUCUAUGUAUAAGCAUGUAAGACAUAUAAGUAUAAUAUUGUAUAGGUACGUAUACUCGUUACAUAUUAAUAUUUAUACGUCAUUUGUUAUCCCUUAAUUUAAGGGGACGCGGGAACCUUGGUUACAAUGAAAAAGACACGGCAAAAUUGUCACAGUUUCUUUAAUACGCGUAUAUAAUAACCUGAGAUUCGUAUUUGUUGAUUUCAGUACUCGACACACGGUUAAAAAAUCGGUUUGCAUUUUCGGUAGUUUUGAUAAUACGGAUGACUUGAGGUACGUGAAACAUUCGGAAUAAGGGAAAAUGAACGAGCUUUAAAAUUUUAUCAAUAUUUUAUUGAUCGAGUUGCUAAAAAUGUCGGUUCUUCUUACACGCAAGACUUUGGUUCUCAUAAAAAUCCAUUGCAUAAAAUUCUUUCGACUAAACGGAGUUGAGAUUAUUCGCCAAUGUCGAAACCAAAAAAACGAUGCAUAAAAGUGAAAAAAGAAAAAUUAAACGAAGGUGUGUACAUACAUCGAUACUAAAUGAAUAAUUCAAUUUAACUUCGGAUACUCCAAAUCAUCAAAUCAAACUCGCAACUUUUUUUCAUUACUUGGUUUGAGAAUCAAGUUUUCACCUAUUUCUGAAAUUCGUCAAUCUCUCGAAAUCACUGAUAAUAUUUUAACGUGAAAUUUGACCGCUGAUUCGUAAAAACAAAAUUAACAAUUUGUUGAAAAAUAUAAGUAAAUAUAUUUAAAACAAGAAACAUGAAAUAGCGGACUGGAGAUUUGAAACCAGACAAUUUUAAGUUAAGCUACAGAAAUAAUUCCAACUAGGUAUAUAAUUUUUGUGAAUCAUUGAUUCUAACAGUCAAAUACUCCAUCCGACUUGACCCCUGGAAACGAACAAUAAGCAGGAAAAAAACGAAAAAUACAGCCGAUAAAAUAGCGCGAUCCGCGUUAAAGCUCGAGGCUAGAAAAGCUUCUCUACGGCGCGUAACUACGACGAGGGGGGUGGACGGAGGCCUUUGCGAUCCGUGGUGUUAUUAUAGUUGCGAUGGCCUCGGUGUCGAGAGCUGUUGUUAGGCGCACUGUCGCGUAAACAGAAGGUAACGAACCGGGAACAAUCGGACCACGCCCCAGUGCUUUUUCGAAAUAAGUCGACGGGACGGAAGUUACAAUAUGAUCGGUUCAACCGGCGCCGAUUUUCGCGCCAAAUUUCCGAUCAAAUCUCAUUCCGAGGCUUACACGCCGAGUGCGAGUGUCCGGUUUGAUUAUAGGAAAGAUGCGAAAGGGCGGGAAUGAGAAAUUAAUAACACUAAUGAUUUCAGAACGUCGAUUCACUGCGACUCUUGACAAUUCUCGAAAUUACCGGUCACGCGGUAAGUUGGGAGUCGAGUAAUUAAGCCUCGUCCUCGAAUCGACUGCCGGCAUAUUUUUUUACAAUCGUAAUCGUAUUGGUAUAAUUUGUUCGUGAUGAUUUCGAAUUUUUACUUCUCGUUGCGAUCAUUAAGAAUUUUUCAUUCCACCCACCGAGGGGUUUUAUCGAUGAAAUUUUAUUAAUUAAACGUUUUCUAUACGUCGACUGACAAAUUAUUCAGCCGAACGUCUCCAGUUUGUCUUAGAGUCUACGGUUUGAAAUAGAGAUGAGGCUUUUUGCCUCGAUGAUGGUUGGAUAUAUGAACCAAGGUUCGUAAGUAAACUCAAAACCUCCUCGAGCUCCUCGAGCUUGCUAAUUCGUCUUAUCGUUAAUUCGUACACGCUUCUCCGAUUUACCCAUUAGAUGGACAAACCAGGGUUGGGCGUUUGCUAAAUGUACAUAAUGAACGCGCAGUGCUUGUAAAAUACUAUAAAGCCUCAGUCACGUGAAACGUGCAAAAAGCUCUAUACUUGGCUAAAAUGUAAGCUUCGCGCGUCAAGUCCGCGAAUUAAAUGAUAAUAAUACGUAUGAAGUGAGCGAAUUUUUUGCGUGCGGUGAAAAUCUCUGAUUGUGAGACGAGUUCAUUUUCGUAGUAAACUUUGUGUAACUGAGGACGAAGAAAGAAAAAAGAAAUAUAUUUUACAUCUUUUAUUUCGAAAUCUCCGACGAUAUCUUGACACCUCGAUACUACUACAGUGAUUAUCAAUUAUUAUCGCAAUUGGGUUAAAUUCAGGGUUUCUCGAAUCUCGCCUUAUUCACAUUCUUCAAUGCAUACCUGCAGUAAAAUAUCUUCUUAUUUUUACGAAGUGCACCUUUCUUAGCGAAGCGAUCAACGAAAGGUCUCUAAAUAUAUUCGUAAUUGAGUCACUCUAAUAUAUCCGGUUGAGAUAUCGAUCGUUUCUAUUUAAAUCUCACGUUCCGCAUGUUCACGAUAGCUAUGAUGUUGUAUAAGAUUUUAUCCUGUAUCUACGAACCCAACUCUGGAUUAAAAGAAACAAAAAAAAAAAAAA